AUGUCAGGAUCUAGCGGAUGGACUCGUGUUGAGUCCCUCUGUAAUUCCAACCCUUCCAAAUCAGCGGAAGAGAAGGUCAUUGCUUUGACCACAGACCUCCCACAUUCAGACUCUGUCCCCUUCUCGCGCUCAGCGACCUCCUCCUCAAACUCAAUUCGCUCUGGUCACGAGUCCCCUAUUGGCAGCUCUCGCAGCUCCCGGCGGGGAGUGCGUUCUGCAAACAGAAGCCACCCUUUCACACGUCGUCCCACCCAAGUCGGGCUGCGUUUUGCCAUGAAGGCAGUCCGAAGAAAUCAUCACUCUGACAUCACUCUUAAUGAUGGGCGAGACCUUUUUUUGAGCGGUCUCUCAUCCUUCUCAGAUGAUACAAUCAAAUUAGUAGCAAAUGCUAAGCACGCUGCACGAGAAAAUAGCCGUCAAAAACUCCUGCAACUCGGUUGGGAGAUCGAAGAGGCGAAACUCAACAAGCUAGUCCUCAUAGCAUUUGAGGACGAGGAGAAGCAGCGCUUGAAAAUGGCAGACUCGGAUUAUCACCUCUUCAAGAAGCUCCUGGUGGACCGGGAUAUUCCGGCCCUAGACCAGGAUGUCGAAUGCCUUGCGGAGUCACAUGAUAGCGAACUCGAAGACUUAGCUACAGCCGACGAACAGCUGUUCCAAAUGUCGUCCAUAUCAUCGCUUGCUACCAAAUACGUCUCCCACAGGUUCCCCCAGAACAGUAGCGAUACGGAGUACGAACCUGGUGAGGAGGAACAAUAUGACAAGUAUAAUCAUAGCGACAACAGUAGCAACUCGGACAAUGACGAGGCGGAAGGUAGCCACGUCUCUACCCUAAAAUGA